AAUAGCGCAAAAAAUAAAGAUUGUCCGAAUACGUUCAUAAGUAUUACUUAGAGUUGUAUUAGUGUCAGUAGGAUCGUUUGUUUUUCUUUCCUACUUUUUGAUACACUAUGUACUGUCGCGGAUUUUGUCUUCAUUACGGUACUAAAAAUCAUUAUAUGGGUCCUUAAUGAUGUUGUCCUGUACUGUUCUUCCCACUGUAUCUUCAGGCCAGACAUAAACCUACCCGGAAGCUAAACGGUACCCUUCAUGGGUAUCAAGGGUCUCCUUCCAUUCUUAAAAAAUGCAUCAGCUCCAAUUAACCUGGCUGACUUUAGUGGCUAUGUUGCUGCUGUGGAUGUUUACUGUUGGAUCCAUAGGUCUUCAUAUGCAUGCGCUUCUGAUCUAGCACUUGGGAUCCCGACUGACCAGUACGUCCGGUAUGUUAUUAAGUACAUCAACCUCAUGAAGUCAUGUAAUGUUAAACCAAUCCUUGUCUUUGACGGCUCAGAUUUGCCAUCCAAGGCUGAAACGGAUUUAAAACGUCGAGAGACCAAGGAGUUAAAUCGAAAAAAAGCUGCAGAAUAUCUAAUGAAGGGAGAUAAAGCAGCUGCACAGGAGUGUUUCGAAAGGUCCGUGUUUGUCACUUCUGAAAUGGCGUACGAGGUUCUUCGAGCUGCUCGUAACAUGGGUGUUGAUUGCGUUGUCGCACCAUAUGAAGCAGAUGCUCAACUAGCGUAUCUUAAUCGAACGGGUUAUGCCGACUUUGUCAUCACUGAAGAUUCUGAUCUAUUAUUAUUUGGAUGUAGACAGGUUGUAUUCAAACUUGAUUUAUCGGGAUCUGGGGUUCUUGUAGCAGCCGCAUCGGGUAUAUGUGAAUGUUGUGGAAUUCCUGCUAGUCAAUUUACUGAAUCGAAAUUUAGGUAUAUGGGUAUUAUGGCUGGCUGUGACUAUUUUAGUGGAAUUCCUGGCAUAGGAUUAAACACUGCUGCUAAAAUAUUACGUCAGACCCGCAUUACAAAUUUCAGAGAGCUGUUGUUGAAAUUGGGGUUUUAUACCAAACUUAGUAAUAAUGCUCUUGCGAAAGAUGAUACAGAAGUUGUGAAUACUGAAAAUACUCGUGGCAAACGACAAAACGUAAAAACUAAUUAUAAUAAAAGUUCCCAAAUAAGUGAAUCACUUCUUAAUGCAGCUGUACGUGCAGAGCGAACGUUUCGACUUCAAGUCAUUUUUGAUAUUGCAUCUAGGUGUCAGAAGCGGUUCAGUGAACCUACUCCUGAGGAUAUUGAUGAGGAAUUACAUAAUUUAGAUGAGUUAAAAGGAUCAGAUGAGGACGAAGUUGACCUUUUUAGUUAUGCAGGACGGGUUUUAAAAGACAAUGAGAAAGCAUUCAACCGAGCUCUUGGAAAUAUCAGCUAUUCUGAUGAUACCAUUAUAGAUAAUUACUAUCCUUGUACAUCAAAAAAUGAUUCAAUGCAAGCAAAUGGAGCCAUCAUUGGACAUUCAACUAUUCAAACUAAAAUGCAAUCAUCAGGACCACGACCUAAUCCAGAUCGUUUAAAAAUAAGCAUAUGGGAUAAAAGUUAUCCUAUUCAGAAAUUUUGGCUUCGUCGUUCUCAAAAUGGUUGCAUUGAACCCGUUUCAGAUUUCUUGUCAAUUGAUUCAGACUUUUCUUCUUCUGAGAAAGAAAAUAAAAACCCUGUUGAGAAAUCAACUAUAAGGAAAUUGGAGUUGAAGAAGACACACUCAACUUGUGGACGUCGAAUACUGGUUCCUGCAGCUAUUCAACAAAGUUUUAAAAACCUAAAAAACAGUAUAUCUGUUCCGCAAAUUGAACAUCAGGAUUCUCCUAAACGCCCAUGUCCUGGACUCUAUAACUCCACAAUUGAUGACACUUCCGAUGUUUUGCGAGUUUACGGUCAAACGGAAGAAAUCCUAGAUACACCUAAACUGAAAGAUCGAAAUCAUCUUCCAUCUUCUAUUGUUUCUGCUUCUGGUUACUUUCCAAUUCCAGAAAAAAGUAAUGAUGUUCCAAAAGCUAUAGACGAUGUCAUCAAUUGUCCACCGAAUGAUGAUGAUCUUGGUCGUUCUCAAACUUCUCGUAGCCCAGUAUUUUUCAAAGCUAAUUCAAAUCCUUUUCGAAUAGCCUCCGAAUCGUAUUUAUGUAAAUCAAAAGAGAAAGUGGAUAAUAAUUUCGAUAUUUCUGUAAUGUUAAAUAAUGAACGUAAAGACUAUUCUUCCAUUGUUGUCAGCAGUAAUAUGCAGUCUGUCUGUCGACGCUCAUUGGAUUUCAAAUAUUCUCAAUACAAGAAACCCUGUCAACCUCUGUGGGGAAAUUCUACAUUGAUUGAGUCAAAUAAUAAACAGUCAAAUUCUUCAGAUUCUCUGACACCUGACCUUAACAAAUCGGAAACUGAGUUGCAAGAUAGCUCCUCUUCGACCGAGUCGUCUCCAAGUUUUUUAAAUUCUCAUAAAGUUGCCUCUCAUACUUCAAGCCUACCAAAUGGGAAAAUUACUUGUGAUCGCCUCUCGCAAAUCAGUAAACAAAGUCCAAGUGUACAAAAUCCUCACGUUCCCGAUAUUGCACUACCGAACGCAAGCAUUCUAGAUUUAAAACACAAUAGCAUUUCAAAACUACCAAGUAACAAUCUUAAAAGUAAACACCCUUCGCAUUCCAAGAUAUCUGGAAAAAAUCGUUUACCAUCUGUACAAUCUUCAACUUUGGAUUCUUUUUUUCAGAAAUGGAAAUUUAAAUAAACCUACCAAUGCUUAAAUUUUCUUUUUCUUGUAUAUAUAAAAGAGUAUAUACAUAUCUACAUAAUUACUGCUUGUGUUCCUAGAUCUAUUGGUAUAUUUUUUUUAGAAUUAAAUUCCUUUCCUUCCUACUAGUCUAAUUACGCUAAAGUUUUUGGCUUUGUCUUUGUUUCUUACUGCUUACUCGUAAUUUCGAUUCAGAAUUUCCACCUCAGCUUCUGAUCAACAUGAAUAUAUUUUUUAGAAGGGUUAUUUAAAAUGUCAAUAGCAGUUAUUUUGUAAACAAAAUGAUUAUAAGAGUUUUAUCUACUAAAGGAAAAAAUAAUAGUUAUUAGUACUACUCAA